AAAAAAAACAGUGAUGAAGGUGAGUGGAGAAUAGAGACAGAGAACUAUUGAAUGUUACUACUACUUAAUGUUGCGUACUAUCAUAAUCCUAUUCACUUCAUUAUGCCUACAAUCAUGAUUCUUGGUUCCAUCACCCGCAUGCUCUUUUCUAAACAUUCUCAAUACAAUUUCACUCUCAUUCUUAUUCACAUAUACACCUAUAAAUCUCAUUGACCCUUCAAUCUUUUCUCUCACUUCAACCUCAACAUUUCAAUCAAACAUCUCUAUCUCUAUUUCUCACCUUCUCAAACAAGCUUUUGAGUUUAAAGUUUCAACCUUUAUCUCAAAACAAAACUCCUCUGUUUUUCUCUGUUUUCCUCUGUUUUUCUCUGUUUUCCUCUGUUACAUUCAAAAUACUAUCCAUCCAUUAUACCCCAAAUGGCUGUAUCUGGGUUUGAAGGAUUUGAGAAACGUUUGGAACUUAAUUUCUUUGGAGAUGAUCCAAUCAUCUUCCAACUGGGUCUAAGAAAAAUUGGCUUUGAAUCAAUACAACAAGUGCUGGAAGCUGUUCAGUGUACCGUGGUUUCAGCCGUGGGUAACUCUUACUUUGAUGCAUAUGUUUUAUCAGAAUCAAGCCUCUUUGUUUAUCCAACCAAGAUCAUAAUCAAAACAUGUGGAACAACUCAACUUCUCAAAUCCAUUCUUCCUUUAAUCCACUACGCAAACCAUUUAGGUCUCACUUUAUGCUCUUGUCGCUACACAAGAGGAAGCUUCAUCUUCCCAAACUCACAACCUUUCCCUCACACAAGCUUCAAUGAUGAAGUUACCUUCUUAGAAGACACCAUCCCUUCAAAUCUCUGCCAUAGAAAAGCCUCCAUCAUGCCCUCGAAAUCCUCUUCACACUCUUGGCAUGUUUUCACCGCACACUCUUCGAUAACUCAUCACAACCACAGUCAUAACCACAGUGACAGUGAUAUCUUCACUAUGGAGAUAUGCAUGACAGAGCUAGACCUUGGUCUAGCUCGCAAAUUCUUCCGUCGACCCGGAGACGGAAAAACCGGCGACUCUGCCGGAAAAGAGAUGACAGAGCUUACUGGAAUCAAUGAAAUAAACCCAAACGCAUUGAUUUGCGACUUUGCAUUUGAUCCUUGUGGAUACUCAAUGAAUGGAAUGGAUAAUGAUUGGUAUUCCACCAUUCAUGUAACACCGGAAGAUGGUUUCAGCUACGCGAGCUUCGAAUGCGUUGGUUCUGUUAACGACAACAUCGUACAUGUGUUGAGGAAAGUUGUUCAGAUUUUCCGACCAGGUACGAUGUCGAUAUCAACUACAUGCAGUGGUUAUAACAACGAGAUGCUGAAGAUGGUAAAGGCUGUUGAGCCUCUUGGGUUGAAAUGUAGAAGCCGUGCGGUGGAUCAGUUUCCGGCGGGGGAGACGGUUGUUUUUCAAACAUUCACGGCUCGCCGGAGAAGUGUUUAACGCCGGUGGUGGCGGUUAAUGGUGGCGCGGUGAGGGGGAAAAAUUUAAUUAAAAUUUUAAAAUAGGGAAUUGGUGUUAGAGUUAGUUGCAAAAAAAAAUGUAGGGUGGUGACGUGGCUUAAUGUGAUUGGUUUGAUUGUGGUGGUAAAUGUUGGAAUGGAUAAUGAUGGUGCACCCCACUUAGGUUUGUCACGCAUAAGAUUUUUUUGAAGAUGUUUAGUGGGUGUAAAAGUGCUCUUGUUUGAGAUUAUAUUGGACUUUUUUCUUUAUGUUAGUCUUUUGUUUUUUUCACUCUAGUUGUGUUACAUUGUCUUUUUAUGUUUUCUUUGUAGGUUAGUAUUAGGGUUUUAGAUGACAAAAUCACACUUUUUGUUACAUUUUUCACUUGUUUUUGUUUAUGUGGUGUUGAGUAAAGUAAUAAUCAUUUGAAAAUGUGAUGCAUCAAUGAAGCAUGACAACCUUGUCUUCAAUUUGUCAUUGUCCUUGGUGGUAAAAAAGAAGAUGAAGGCACUAUUGAAUCAUGGCUUUGUCGCCACUCAUAUCUAUUUAGAAAGC